AUGCCUGAGCGAAAUGAGGUGUCGUGGACUGCAAUGCUAUUUGGGUAUAUACAGGCUGGCCGCAUAGAGGAUGCUGAGGAGCUGUUUAAUGCAAUGCCAGAUCACCCAUUGGCCGCCUGCAAUGCGAUGAUAGUUGGGUUUGGGCAGCGGGGGAUGGUGGAUGCUGCCAAGGCAGUCUUCAACAGGAUGUGUGAGAGAGAUGAUGGAACAUGGAGUGCAAUCAUCAAAGCAUAUGAACAGAAUGAAUUCUUGAUGGAGGCACUGUCUACCUUCCGUGAGAUGUUGCACAUUGGAAUCCGUCCAAACUACCCAUCAGUCAUCAGCGUCCUCACGGUAUGUGCAGCACUGGCUGUUCUUGAUUAUGGGAGAGAGGUGCAUGGUGCAAUGCUGAGGUGCUCCUUUGAUAUGGACAUCUUUGCCGUGUCAGCAUUAAUCACAAUGUAUAUCAAAUGCGGGAAUUUGGAUAAGGCCAAAAGGGUCUUUGACAUGUUUGAGCCCAAAGAUGUUGUGAUGUGGAACUCCAUGAUCACUGGUUAUGCCCAACAUGGGUCGGGAGAGGAAGCACUCCGCAUAUUUGAUGACAUGAGGUUGGCUGGGAUGGUGCCUGAUGGAAUUACAUAUAUAGGGGCCCUUACAGUAUGUAGCUACACAGGAAAAGUUAAAGAAGGCAGGGAUAUUUUUAAUUCUAUGGGUACAAAUUCUGGCAUCAAACCUGGAUUGGAGCAUUAUGCUUGUAUGGUUGAUUUGCUUGGUCGAGCUGGACUUGUGGAGGAAGCACUGGAUUGGAUAAAGACCAUGCCAGUUAAACCAGAUGCUGUCAUCUGGGGAGCUUUGAUGGGAGCCUGUAGGAUGCACAAGAAUGCUGAGAUUGCUGAGAUUUCUGCUAAGAAGCUUUUAGAGCUAGAGCCUGGAAAUGCUGGACCAUAUGUCUUGCUGUCUCACAUUUAUACAUCCUCUGGAAGAUGGGAAGAUGCUUCUAAGAUGCGGAAAUUCAUUAGCUCAAGGCAUUUGAACAAAUCACCAGGCUGUAGUUGGAUAGAAUACGACAAGAGGGUGCAUCUCUUCACAUCGGGUGAUGUAUUAGCACAUCCAGAGCAUGUUAUUAUCCUUAAAAUGCUGGAGAAGUUAGAUGGGUUGUUGAUGGAAUCUGGAUACUCAGCUGAUGGAAGUUUUGUGCUUCAUGAUAUAGAUGAUGAGCAAAAAACUCAUAGCCUACGGUAUCACAGUGAGAGGCAGGCUGUGGCAUAUGGACUAUUGAAAAUCCCAGAAGAAUUGCCUAUUCGUGUCAUGAAAAAUCUCAGAGUCUGUGGUGAUUGCCACUCUGCAAUAAAGUUGAUCGCUAAGAUAACAUCUCGGGAAAUCAUACUGAGAGAUGCAAAUCGGUUCCAUCGUUUCAAAGAUGGGUUUUGCUCAUGCAGGGACUAUUGGUGA